GCGGCCGCAGGAUCGCCGCCCGGCGCGGAUCCUGUGACACCUCCCAGCGCGCGCACUUGUUGCUCCCGGGACCUGCCGCCCAUCCUCGAGCCCACCUUGUCCGCCUCGUCCUCUGCCCUCUCCUGGCUUCUCUCUUUCCGUGCGAUCGCCCGGAACAUCGAUCCCUCAGGCACUGCUGUCACCGGCUGGGGAAAUAGAUUAAAGAAACUAGAAAAAUAAACGCCCUCCGUAGGCCACCCCCGCCUUCCCCGGGCAGCAGCAGCAGCAGCAGCAGCGGCAGGAGCGCUGGCCCGGGCGCCGCAGAGGUGGCGCCUCCCCGGCCCGGGACGCUGGCCCCGGGCGCCGACGGCAUGACGGACGCGGCGACGGCUAACGGGGACGACCGGGACCCCGAGAUCGAGCUCUUCGUGAAGGCUGGAAUCGAUGGGGAAAGCAUUGGCAACUGUCCCUUCUCUCAGCGUCUCUUUAUGAUCCUCUGGCUGAAAGGAGUUGUGUUCAAUGUCACCACGGUGGAUCUGAAAAGAAAGCCAGCUGACCUGCACAACCUUGCCCCUGGUACCCAUCCACCCUUCCUGACGUUCAACGGGGAUGUGAAGACAGACGUCAAUAAGAUUGAGGAGUUCCUGGAGGAGACUUUGACCCCUGAAAAGUACCCCAGACUGGCUGCGAAACAUCGGGAGUCCAACACGGCAGGCAUCGACAUCUUUGCCAAGUUCUCUGCCUACAUCAAAAACACGAAGCAGCAGAGCAACGCUGCCCUUGAGCGAGGCCUGACCAAGGCUCUGAAGAAGCUGGACGACUACCUGAACACCCCCCUGCCGGAGGAGAUCGAUGCUGACACUCGUGGGGAUGAUGAAAAGGGCUCCCGGCGCAAGUUCCUGGAUGGGGACGAGCUGACCCUGGCCGACUGCAACCUGUUGCCCAAGCUCCAUGUGGUCAAGAUUGUGGCCAAGAAGUACCGCAACUACGAUUUCCCGGCUGAGAUGACGGGUCUGUGGCGGUACCUCAAGAACGCCUACGCCCGGGAUGAGUUCACCAACACCUGCGCGGCCGACAGCGAGAUCGAGCUGGCCUACGCGGACGUGGCCAAGCGCCUCAGCCGAUCCUGAGCUUGGCCGUCUCGCCCCAUCGCCGCUGCAGAAGGACUCCACCGUCGCCCCCAAGGACUCCGGCUUCACACACUCCUCUUCCACGCCUCCUCUGGAAACUUCUGUCUCCAUCAGGCCACGUCUCGCUGGCAUCCUUGGAACCCCCAGCCUGCUGGCGUUGACCAGAGUCAGCGCCAGCCCCCUCUGGUCAGGCAGGAAUCCCGCAAGCAGAAAUGAGAGAAACGGUCAAGCUGUCAGCCUUUCCGACCUGGACUGGGUUCCGUGUGUUUGGGGUUGGUGCCUGGGGAGCCCUGUCUGUGGGAUUGUCACUGGCCCCUUUUGCCAAUAUUGAAAUAUCUUCUCAGAUGCAUUAGAAUUCUGCAACACGCUGUUCUUGUCCACCCUUCUCUGUCAGUAACUCCAAGGCCAAACGCCGUCUUAGUUCUUAUUAGAAAGAGGUGCACAGCUGUGUUAGGGGAGACAGAGAGUGGAUGGGGCAGACGUGGGUCUGGGCACCUGGCAGACACACCUCCAGUCACGCACCACUUUCCGGCACUUUUGUCACUUCGGGCACUGAAGGCCAGAUUGGAAAACUAUCUCAGACAGUCUCAGUGUUCUGCAGUGCUGGGCACAGUCUGAUGUGAUCACAUACCUGGCUUGAUGCUGAUUUGUCUAGGCCUUGCCAGGAAGGGAAAUUGGCAUGCCAUUCCAAACUGGGGUGACUGGGAAGGGGAGGGGAGGGGUGGAGUGUUGAUGCCAAAAGGCCCAUGGGGUCUACCAGCCAUGGGGUUUGCUUGCUUAUGGGAGUGGUUUCAUUGGGGAUUACAUGCCUGGGUUUGACUAUGUUUAUCCACAAUUGAAUUUUGGUCUCUGAGAAAGCAGAUGGGAGUAGGGGGUGGGGUGGGGGGAUGGAUGCACGAGGCUAAGAAGAACUUUGUAUGAGGCUCAGUGUUCCCUGGGAAUCUUCUAGAUGGAUCUUUUCUCUUACGAUCUAAGUCUCAAAACAGUGAUGUCACGUAGCUGCCAUCUUCAUAGCAAAAUACGAACAACUGACCAAAAAUGACUCUCCAGUUUCUUCAAGUUGUUCCUGGAUGUGGGUCUGUGAGCCGGGUGCUCUCUGAUUCAGCUGCAGCCUCUGAUGCACGAGAGAUACAUUUAGGAGGUGGCUUGAUCGUGGAACCUUAGGAAGAAAGUCCAUGGGCCUUUCUGAUUGGGAAACCAUGUGGUUUAAACUCGAAGAGAAAAUACACGUGCAUCUGGGUAAAUUUUCCUACCGUCUGAUUCAAAUGCCUGAUGAAAAAGAGGAAGCUGUUUUUUAGCUAAUAUUUCACUCUGUAGUCAUUCUCCUUGAGUUUCACCUCCUUAAAAGCUUACCCUGCCUGAGCAGAGGGAACUGUGCAGAGGAAACGAAGAAAAAUGAACUAGUCAUCAGCUCCCUCUUGCCAUGAAUGCCCUGGGAGAAAGUCCACCCACCGCAGACCCUCACCUUCAACAAUCCUCCCUUCUGUGUUGCCUGUUGAUGGAGGCUGAGGCUCCCAAGUGCCCAAAAGCCCCAGGACUUGGCUCGCUGCUCAGUGAGGGCAGGACAGCAUGGGGCCUUCCUGUAGAAACAUCACGAGGUUCUAACUCAAGCAAUAUCUGGACCUACCUGCCUCCAGGGAUCCCUGGAGAGAAAGGGGACCCAGUGAUCAGAGCAGAGGGGAAGAAGCAGGGGGUCCCCUUUAGCCCAGAGAGGAAGAUGCCAUUUCUCAGUGGGGCAUCUUAUAAGCCUGAGACCUUUCAUUCAAGAGCAGGAAGAAUGGAUUCAUUUCCUCCUCUAAGGGAACCUUUGCAGGACUCCCUGCUAACUUUGUCCCUGGAGAUGUUUGAAAAGGCGAACUAAUGAGGAAACAAUCCUUCUGACAAUAGGGAAAAGCACUAUGCUGGUCUCGUGGGAGAUGAAAGCUUAAAUGAUCCCAAAGGCCUUUUCAUCAGUGUGAAAUUCUGUUGUCCUCAGAGAUCCUUCCCUGAACAUCACAAAAGUACAAUGAUCUAAGAAGCCGUUUACUUUCCUGAGACCCAGAGAGGUGCUGUUCUUAAGGUAUACCUGAGAAGCACAGCCGGUGAGCCACAGUGAAAAUGGCAGGAUGCCCUGGCAGAGACGCUCCCCCAGGUGGAGUAGCUCCCCAGGCAGAGUGCCCCCCACAGAAGAGGUUUUGAAUGCUGAGGACACUGGAUAUUCAGAAUCCAGCAAUUGACAAGUCUUUAAACACAGCCUUUAAAAACAAACAAGCCAAACUAAAUCAAUAUUGUUGGUUCUAGCUGUUCCUUCUCUGGUUGACUUAGUUUUAUAUCAAUAACCGUAUUAGGGCACAGGGGUGGGGUUGGGGCAGUUAGAUGACCCCCACCAUAACCAUUUAACAGGGGGAGGGAGUUAUAGAUGGAUGCAUUUCUUGGUACUCAGCCCAGGGAUAUCUUUUUACUGCAAUAGCAGAUUAUCAUAUGAUGCAACCGACUGUUGAUUUAAAGCUUUAACAUCUAUGAUGAGGUUUAUCAGAGUAUUUUAAAAUAAUGUUGCCUUAUGAUGCUUCUUUUCCAAAGAGAUUUUUCUCCGCAUCCUUCAGUCUCCCUGGGUUUUGGCCAUAACCUUGUCCUGUACACAGCCUUUCGUCUCCCAGCCACAGUGUGGAAAGGUCCUCAGGUGUCCUCAGAAUCAACUCAGGGAGUAUUGAAGGUCUGCAGUUUGACCCUGAACUCCAGAGUGUUGAGAUGGGAAGUGGCCCUUGUUAUUGGUCUGGCAUGCAUAUCAAUACCUCAAAAAGCAUCUCAGUGGCAGUAAGAGGGGAUUUACUUAGGUUGAGAUUCUAUUUUACUCUAGAUUUAUUUCUUUCCUUUGGUUUUCACAUCGCUUUUUUCCCCUUUUUUUGGUGGGUUAGCAUAAUGUGAGGCAGUGGGAGAAAUAAGAAUCACAUUCAGAACAACUGUGUUGAAUUUACCCAUCUUCUCAGUCCUGCCGGCCUCUCAGGUUGCCCUGAGAGUGUAUUGGAUAAGAUUUUAACAGCUAUAAAAGAUGAGCUGGAUCAGUAAAAUCUAGAUUGGUCCAGCAUAGAGUUCCUUCUAUUGCACACCUUCAUUACCUGACACUUCAGAGUUACCAGUAUGAGUAUGGCUGUCUUGUUUUGAACAAACGAUACAGUUACCUGGCACCAAGCUCAUGAGUUGAAAAGUGAAACCCACGCUCCAUUGGGUUAUUUGAUCACAGAUCUCAAACUAGUUUCAUCUUCCCAAGAAAUGAUACUGUCUUCAGUGUUCACUCAUCUUGCUGGUGGGGCCAUAGAAAUGCUUGAUCUUUUCAUUAGAAAGAGGCCAUGCCAAGAAUGAGUUUUCCUGGGCUGAAUUUCCUAGCAUUUGUCAAAUGAAACAAUGGAAGCUCUUCGUAACGCCUGUACCCACUGGCCACUCUGAAGAAAGGCAAGACCAAGCAUCUUAGAAUGGUCGUAGAAUGGAUCACAUCUGGAAUGGACCCUGAAGAUCUAAGAUCCUAGAAAUCAGCAAGGUCUGGACAAACAGAAUGAAAAAGGAGGCAGUGUCAGGAAGAUACAGGUCUCAGUUCAGUUCAGUCGCUCAGUCGUGUCCAGUUUUCCAUCAGGAGAAAACAGUGAGAGUUGGUGUCUGAAAUUAAGUUGGUCUAGGGGCAGGGGACAUCCAGUAGGUAGGUCUGUGGCUCCUAUAUCCAAGGGCCAGGAGGCCGGUUCAGCAGCAGAGGGAACCAAGAUGCUGGUGACUUCUUGGAAUGAGCAGAAUUAACUCAUGGUUAAAAGUAAGUUCAAUGAUUCCCAAGGGAUCACUUCCUUAUUUUUAAAAAUAACAUUUAAAAGCCUCUGGAGCAUUAGAAAAAGAAGUGUACAUGGGAAGCAUCCUGGUUCUGAUGUGAGGACUGAAGUGUUCACAUCUUGGCUCUGGGACCCUCCCAGCACAUGCAGCCCAUUGGUUCUGAUGUGAGGACUGAAGUGUUCACAUCUUGGCUCUGGGACCCUCCCAGCACAUGCAGCCCAUUGGUUCUGAUGUGAGGACUGAAGUGUUCACAUCUUGGCUCUGGGACCCUCCCAGCACAUGCAGCCCAUUGGUUCUGAUGUGAGGACUGAAGUGUUCACAUCUUGGCUCUGGGACCCUCCCAGCACAUGCAGCCCAUUGGUUCUGAUGUGAGGACUGAAGUGUUCACAUCUUGGCUCUGGGACCCUCCCAGCACAUGCAGCCCAGUGGUUCUGAUGUGAGGACUGAAGUGUUCACAUCUUGGCUCUGGGACCCUCCCAGCACAUGCAGCCCAGUGGUUUCUAUCCACAGCUCUUGGCAUGUAAUCCAAACAGCACAUGCCCUCCUAUGAAUGCAUCAUCCUCCCUCUUUGUCAAUAUUCUCCUCCCGGCUUAGUUUCAGGAUCCGUUCAUUUUGUGAUUUGGUAUGACCCAAAGUGUGCGUAGUCUUACUUAAUGUUACUUAAGGAAAUGGAUCCAACGUUCCCCUCCUCAACCAAAACGAAAAUUAAAAAUUGCCUCACUGUAGAGCUUGGGUUAAUCUAUUUCUAUACAAGCAAUCUGUUUUUUGGCAAAAUAUAAUUUUAAGGAUACAGUCAUCUAUGGUAUUUAUGUAUAGAGAUUUGCGAUAUUGACUAUGUAUAUGCUUAAAAUAUAAAAUAUCUGACUGAUGUUUGAACUUGUCUUUCUUUCCUGACCACCUGGCUAUCCCAUUUUAUAAGCUGGAGAGUUAACUAAUUUAGCAAAGAAGGCUAGCUUUUAUAAGAGAUCAAACAUUUCACUUUAUAAAAACACUCCCAAUGAUGGUCACUUGAUUUUUCUCAAGACCUUUAACUGUGGUGAUAAAAUAGCAGGACUUGCUUUCAAGCCUUAAUUAUGUAAAAUUCCUUUUUAAUGAAGACAUUUCUGAGUGUUUUCCUCAUGAAUCUGAACUAGUUAUAAAUUUGUUUUCCGGUCUUGAUUGGUAUUGACUAAUUCAAAUAAAGUUGGUUUAUUUUCAAAUAGUG